GUAUAUCCCAUUACCUCUUUCCCUUCUCCCCUCCCAUUUGGAACAAGCAACUCGCGUAGAACAUGAUCCAAGCAACUAGCACGACGCUGCGCCGUUGCGCGGCGCGAGCCUGCAACGGCAGCAGCGGCAGCCAGGCGCUCAAGCGGCACGUCCAGCGAGCAACGUUCGCGUCCGGCCCUCUCGAAAAGACGGCAUACCACCAGAUGCACGUCGACAUGAAAGGCAAGAUGGUGCCCUUCGCGGGCUACGAGCUCCCCGUUCUCUACGAGGGCGAGGGGGGAGGGGUCAUGAACGAGACUCUGCACUGCCGCGCGCCGGGGAAGGCCAGCGUCUUCGACGUGAGCCACAUGGGGCAGAUAAGGUGGACCGGCAAGGAUGCGGCGGAUUUCAUCGAGAGGUGCGUCGUGGGGGACAUCAAGGGGCUCAAGGCCGGGGAGGGGCGGCUCACGCUCAUCACCAACGCCAACGGCGGGAUCGUAGACGACACCGUGGUCACGAACGCCGGGGACUACAUCUACAUGGUCGUGAACGGGGCGUGCAAGCACGGCGACAUGGCGCACUUCAAGGAACAGAUGGCAGACUUCAAGGGCGACGUGCACAUGGACUACAUGGAGACGCAGCAGCUCCUGGCGCUGCAGGGGAAGGGCGCCCCCGCCGCCCUCCAGUCCCUGAUGCCCGACGGAGUGGACGUUACGAAGAUGCUUUUCAUGACGGGCGUCGACACCACCGUGGCAGGCAUCGAGGGCUGCCGGGUGACUCGCUGCGGCUACACCGGCGAGGACGGCUACGAGGUGAGCGUUCCGUACGACUCGGCGGUGGCCCUGGCGGAGUCGUUCCUCGGCAUCUCAGGCGUCAAGGUGGCGGGCCUGGGGGCCCGCGACGCGCUGAGGCUGGAGGCCGGACUCUGCCUGUACGGGAACGACAUCGAUGGCACUACUAACCCGGUGGAGGGGUCGUUGGCAUGGACUAUGGGUGGUCCCAAGGGACGGCGAAGACUUGAGCAGGGCUUCCUGGGCGCGGAACACUUCCUCACCCCAGAGGGAAAACUCAAGAAGCAAACCAGGAAGCGCGUUGGCAUCUCCGGCAUGAAGGCGCCCGCUCGAGACGGCACCGAGAUUUUCGACGCUGAGGGCAAGACCAAGAUCGGGACGAUCACGAGCGGGACCUUCAGCCCCUGCCUCAAGAAGCCGGUGGCCAUGGGCUACGUCGAGACGGCGCACGCCAAGAACGGUACCGACGUCAUGCUCAAGAUCCGCAACAAGAUGGUGCCGACCGCUGUAACCGCUAUGCCGUUCCUCGAGACGUCGUACUACAAGCCGUAAACCGAACACCCUUUUUCUUGGCCCACACGCGUUGUGGAGCAAAAUGUGUUGAGGGUGUGCGUUUACGGCAGAUCAGUUGUCCUUUUACGGGUGGUUCGAAACCGCGAAAGAGACGGCACAAAUUUGGUAGCACAAGCAAGUGUGCAGCAGCAGCGUCCCGCGCACCGUGCUGGUGGUGGUGGUUGGAGCGCUCGUCCUUUUUGUGGUCGAGAGUGAGGAUGGUUGUUGUCUGUGUUGACGUGGAUCCUUCAUGGUGUGCCCGACAUGGCAUCGCUGACGGACAGCCUCGACAAGAGGCGCCGAGGAGCGUUGCCCAAGGGGGACCGAUCGAAACAGGAGUGACAAAAAAAUUGCCUCUGCUAAACGCAUUGGUCAGUAGAGGAUGGGGUAUCCCGCAGCGGUGAAGUCUACCACAGCAGUAUGUGAGUGUUGUGAGUGGCGUAUGGCUACGCCGCUCGACUGGUUUGUGCGUUCGGGUGGCAGAAACAGACUCAGGAAUAAAACCACGGGAAUCCUGUUUCGACCUUUCCUGUUCGAUACGAUGUCGAGAGGAAAUCCUGUUUCGUGUUUUAGGUGGCUUUGUUUUUUGUGGGGCAGCAGCGGUGUGUGCCAGGAGUGUUGAUGUGUUCUACAUUCCAGGCUGUAGGGAGGCAUAUGGUCACGUGGGGGUUUUAACGUUUUCGUUGUCGUUUGGCACCGUUUUGUUUGAGUUUCUACAUGUAUUGCUCGUUCACAUGCGAGCUAGUACGGAUCAGAAUGAUUCUUAAGGUUCUGAGCGGAGUCGGAACAACUAUUUAAACGUGCAGGUAGCGAAAACAAUAUCUCUCGGGGCGAGAAGAUAUGGUUGAUUCUGUACCUAAACUGUGCGCCGGCUGAGUUUUGAUGUCGUUUAGGGUCGAGAGACUAGACGAUGUCAUCGGCCCGAAUUUAUCUCGAGGGGGUCUGCCAAGCUUUUGUCUUGAUGCUGCGGGACCCCUCCCGUAUAUAGAUGGCGCCCGCGCUUAAGAACCGCUUAUAUUGGCUAAGGCUCGAUGCUUAUUGGCUGCCUCAAAUUGAGCACUUGUUCUUAUUUUCAAAGUUCUUACUUCGAGUAGGCAUAUUCGUAUGAUACAAGGGGUUCUUGGUUCUUAUUUCUGCGCCGAGGGCCCCGUUGGGAGGACUUUUUGCCUUUCUGGGUGGAUUCAGCAUGACACUUGAGCUGUUCAUACAACAGAGUAUAUUAAUAGAAGGUCGCUCAACAGAGACCUCUGGAAUAUCGACGUAUCGCAGAUCACGAUUGGGUAGAGUUAAAUACAGACGCGGUAUCGCCUGAACAAAAGACGCAUCGGAGCAACCACGUUGAACCAUGUAG